UCUGACCUCAGGGAAUCCAGGGACAUCACCAACGAUGGAUGCAGCAUUAAGCGAGCUUAUGCAGGGAACCGGUUAUUGUGAAGAUGGCGUUCCUGUGCCGGUAGCUCUCCAGAAUGGUCAGCAUCUGAAUGGACUUCCCGACCACGCUGAGGGACAGCACUUCCUGAAGGAAGCUUUUCAGAUUAUCCUGGAGGAGGCGCUGUGUCAGGGUACUGAUACCAAGGAGAAGGUUUGCGAAUGGAGGGAUCCAGAGGAGCUGCGGGCGAUCCUGGACCUAGAGUUGCGGGAUGGCGGGGAGUCACGUGACCAGCUGCUGCGGCGUGUGCGAGAUGUGGCCAAGUACAGCGUCAAGACCAGUCACCCACUGUUUUUCAACCAGCUGUUUGCAGGGGUGGAUUACCACGCCCUGGCGGGACGAUUCCUCACUGAAACGCUCAAUACCAGCCAGUACACGUACGAGGUGGCCCCGGUGUUUGUGCUGAUGGAGGAAGUGGUUCUGUCCCAGCUGCGCUCUCUGGUGGGCUGGGAGGCGGGAGACGGCAUCUUCUGCCCCGGCGGCUCCGUCUCCAACAUGUACGCCAUGAACCUGGCCCGCUACCGCGCCUUCCCCCAGGUCAAACUGCGGGGGCUGUGGGCCGUCCCACGCCUGGCUGUAUUCACUUCCCAAGAGGGCCACUACUCCAUCUGCAAAGCAGCUUCGUUUCAAGGCAUCGGGCUGGAGAACGUCUUCCUGGUGAACGUGGAUGAAAGAGGCCGCAUGAUUCCAGAUGACCUAGACCGGAAAAUUGAGCUUGCUAGAAUGCAGGGGGCAGUGCCAUUUUUGGUCAGCGCCACAUCAGGCACAACCAUCCAGGGCUCCUUCGACCCACUGGACAGGAUAGCCAGUGUCUGUGAGAAGCACGGGCUGUGGAUGCAUGUGGAUGCAGCCUGGGGAGGCAGUGUGCUCUUAUCCAAGAAGCACAGGCACCUGUUGAAUGGAAUUGAGAGGGCGGAUUCAGUGACGUGGAACCCUCACAAGAUGCUUCUGACAGGACUGCAGUGUUCCGUCUUUCUGCUCAAGGACACCACGAACCUGCUGAAGCGGUGCCACUGUGCCAACGCGACCUACCUGUUCCAGCAGGACAAGUUCUACGAUGUGAGCCUGGACACGGGGGACAAGUCUGUGCAGUGUGGGCGGAAGGUGGACUGCCUCAAACUGUGGCUCAUGUGGAAAGCAGUAGGCACUCAGGGCCUGGAGGAGCGGGUGGACAAGGCUUUCGCCUACACCAGGUACCUUGUUGAAGAGAUGAAAAAGAGAGAAGGCUUUCGCUUGGUUAAUGAGCCACAGUUUGUGAACAUCUGUUUCUGGUUCAUACCCCCCAGUCUGAGAGGGAUGGAAGACAGUGAGGAUUACAGAGAGAAGUUGUCGAAGGUGGCGCCAAACAUAAAGGAGCGCAUGAUGCGAAAGGGCAGCAUGAUGGUUGGCUAUCAGCCACAGAAAGGGAGGGUCAACUUCUUCCGCAUGGUGGUCCUCUCCCCUCAGAUAUCCCAGGAGGAAAUGGACUUCUUCUUAGAUGAGAUUGAGAGGCUGGGUAGAGACCUGUAACUUAGCAACGUGGAACCUGUCAUUCAAAGCCCACACUUGCCUUUCCAUGUCUCAACACAUUUUUUACCUUUAAUUCAGAUGGCCUUUUAAGUAUUUAGACCCAGUAGGAAGUAAACGUUAUCAUCUUAAUGCUUUUAAGGAUAUGUAGCAAGUAUAGUGUAGUGACUAAUUUGACUGUAUAGGUCAGGCCAAUAUUUUCUUUCAAAGAAAAAGAAAAUCUGAUUCCUUGAUUGCAUAUUGCUUCAAGUGCAUUUCCCUGAAUGUAGCUAGACCACUUAGGAAUACUCAAAGAUGCAAAUAAGCACCACAUAUUUUAGUUUACUCAUUGAUCAUUUGAUUGCGAAACGCUGCUUCCCAAUUUACUGCAAUAUAAACCCUUUCCAUGCUCCAUUACUAUAUUGAAUUUUAGUGGCACGCAUACUACCUUUAAUGGGAUUAGGCCAAAAGAUUUAAUUUAUCUUGCACUACAAAACCACAGCAUCCACACAUCAAUGAUUCACAAUCAUUGAUAGCUCACAAUGGUAACGUUGGUAUAUUUUAUACAUUCUAAAAUGAAAGGGAUUUCAUUUUUGUCUGAGAAGAUGAUUUCCAUAAUUUACUACAUCUAUUUACAGUGUGAUUGUUUACAUUGAUAUUAAAGAAAUAAGCUAAUUAGGUGGAAUAAUAAAUUGUUAUGGAAACAAAGUUUUACGUUCUAUAAUUAAUGUGUGUGAACAUCAACUUUAAUGCUCAUUUAAAUGUUAUUAGAUGAGGAAAAAACUCCUCCUUACUUUCUAAAUAUCUUUGUAGUGCCUGCAACAUUCAUGUAUAUUUCUUUGAGCUGGUCUGGGUUCUGACUGUCCUCUCUGUAAUUUGUUAUAAUAGUGUACACAGUUUCAGACAGGUAUGGGGAAACAGGACACACUUAAAUAAUGGUUAGGUUUGUCUUUAAUUGGUUGACUAGGAAAUCUAAAUAUGUACAGGGUACAUAUUACAUAUAAUAUUGUGCAUCACAUACUUUGCACCAUCUAUCUUUGAUCACCACCAAGGUGUAGCACAAGAGACAUAUAAGCUUAAUUUAUGAAUAGUGAAUGCUGGGUGUAAUAUUGAGUUAUUCAAUCUGGCAAGGUAACUUCCCAAACAAAUGUCAAACCUACUUCAUGCAUACACAAAAGAAACCACCAUGUAGACCAGGGGUAGCGUCAUAUAAAAUGUUUCACAAAACGGACACACUGUGACAUUUGCAUUUUCGUCUGAAUAUUUUCUUGACGGCCUAAGAAUUAUGAAUGAACUAUUCCAAAAAAUGACUUGUUUAUUUUGCGAGCAAAAUGACUCACUUGUGACAGGUCUGGAAAAAUUCCAUUGCCUCCCAUUCAACAGCAUACCAAUUCCUCGGCUUAAUGUUGUAGUUUGCGUAGAUGGGAAAUCCAGAACUCGUCAUCAAACUGUGGUAGCACCCACCCGAGUGAUGCAUGGCAGGUGUCGUCCACCAGAAUGAUCACCACUCAUCGGCUGUGAGAUGAGAUUGACUUGUUCAGCCAGAUAAGCUAGAGUUCUGGCUUGACUGAGAGAGCUCUUUGCAAUAUGUGACACAAAAUGGUGGACACUGUGAAUCAGGACCUCGUUUUAACAUCGUCAGAAUAAAGUCUUUGUGGCACAGUGUCCUUAA